AUGGAAGGUCCUCCGAUGACCUUUGUGUUUCACCAUGGUGGAUUGUUUAAGAAGAAUGCGGAAGGAGAUAUGCCUUGUAUAGUAGACCAGAUUGAGGAGGAAGUAGUGAAUGUGGAAGCAGAAAGGUUGAAACAGGGGAAGUAUUUCGAAGCUAAGAAGUGCAGUUCCCAACCUAUGAAGAAACCCACAACAAUUGAUCCUCAGUCCAACAAGCAAACCUCUCACCGCAACAGAACAACCUCACAGCCCAAGUCACAGCCCAAUCCAACAAUAAAGCCCAUAUCUGAGCCCAACCAACCAAAGGUGAAGCCCAUGUCUCAGCCCAAUAAACCAGCCCAUCAGCCUAAGAAGACAACAUCUCAGCCCAAGAAGACAACAACUCAGCCCAUGAAGCCUGAUCCUCAGGCCAAGAAGACCAGUUAUCAGGCCAAAUCAGUCCCACCUCAAUCAAAUUCACCAGCAGAGGCAGCCAAUAAUUCACAAGGGGCAAAGGAUAAACAAAGUAGCAGUGGCUGCAGAGUCACAAGAUCUGGAAGAGAAGUGAAGGAAGCUCCCCUCCAGGAAGAUGACACUAACUCUCAUGACCCUUAUGAGAGUACUGACGAUGAACUCUAUAGGCCUCCAAAAGUUGUAGGAGACAACCUCUAUAGCAGUGACAGUGACAGUGACUCGGGUAACAGAAAAAGAAGUGGAGAAAGGGCCAGCAAGUCUGAAGUCAGAGAGAAGCACAAGCCCCCUAAGAAAAGAUUAGCUGAUAAAGAAAUAGACACUGAUGAUUCCAACUAUGAGGGGUCUGAAGAUGAACAAAGCUCUGAGUCUGAUUUAGAAGAUAGUGAUGGUGCCUCAGAUGUUGACUCCUGGCAUUCAGAGGAUUCUGAUAAGGUGUUGGAGUCUGAUGAAGAAUCACCAGCUGUAUACCCUCAGUUCAAUGAGAAAACAAAGUUUGGACAGUUGAAAUUUGAGGUCAAUAUGUACUUUGACUACUCAAUGUUUAAGAGUACUUUGACUAAUGAUUAUGUCCAUUCCUUAGUACAUCUUACUGUAAUAGUGAUUCGAUUUGGUUUGGAAACUUUGAAUUGGAUUCUGUUGUCUUCAUCUUAA